CUGGAAAGAGAUACUGCUUCUGCUGCAAGGGUAGGGGUGCCAGCAGGAGCGCACCAAUGGUUUGCUACUGAUCUGACCGAUCGAUUUGUCUUGCCUGGCGCUCUCGCAUUUAUGAGAUUUACUCAUAAGUGUUGAAAAUGACACGCAUUUGUGCUCUGUACCAACCCUCGAACAUCGCUCGGCUCGCCCGUGCUAAGGGCUAUCCUUAUGCCAGACCUAGCUCGUCUUUCCUGUACAUCAGCGGCUCUGUAUACCUUUUCGAAGACGCAGCAUGGGGAGGCACCCAGCAUCUUGGCAGCCUCCAAAUAACUGCUCCAGAUGGCACGCAGCAAAGAGCACAGACUGUGCUGGAGCAGCUGGGAAUCCAGUGGUCCCCAACUGACAUCAGGACACCAGUGCUGGCUGUGGGUUCCAAUGCUGGUCCUGAGCAGCUGCUGCGCAAAUACCCUCCAAUGCUCUUCCGUGACGGCGUGCUCAUCCCCGUCGUGCGCUGCGUCCUCCCGAAUUUCGACGUGGCCUACUCGCCAUGCAUCACCAGCUAUGGCUCUUGUUCAGCCACUUUGGAGUACUCGCCGGGAACAGCGGUGGAGAUUUUUGUGACAUUCCUCACCACGCCCCAGCUGAAGCGCAUGCAUGAGACGGAGGGGGCCUACUUCCUCACAGAGCUCAGACAGGUCGAGCUCCAAUUGGGCCAGGAAGGUAAGGAGGCUGCUGCCCUGCUGUGCACUGUGUACCAGUAUAAUCACCAGUCCGGCACACUGCAUUUGCCCCUCGGGGAUGGAGCGCCCACGCCUGUUGCCAUCAAAGAGAUUAGGGCCGAGGGAAGGAAGUUUCCAGCCUUGGACCAGACUGAGAUGCAGCAUGCGGUCCGGACCUUCGUCACCAAGCUAGAGAAGACUAACACUGCCCCUCUGCCCAUUAAUGGUGCGCAGGUGCAGAAUGGCACAGCAGUGUCACAGGCAGCAGCCGUCACGUCUGCAGGGAACGGGAGUGUUCCCACUGCGCAUGAGGAGACCCGCCUGCCCUUCAACAGCGGCAGAACUGCUCAGGCGCCCGAUGCGCUAAAAUUGGGCAGCAAUGACAGCCAGGGAGACGAGGCAAGCAUCGAUGCUUGGAUCCUGGAGAAUCUAGAUAUCAUAAAGGCGCGGACAGAGAGAGUGGAAUUCUUGGUUGCUGCAGCUAAGCCGCAGCAGUACCCCCAUGUGGAUGUGCUGAUGACUAUUGGUGACAUAUAUGACGUAAGCGUGGCUUGAGAUGGACAUUUCACGAGGUGUCAGUCUCAAGGUGACGGUGUAUGGCAACUAGUCCUAGAUAUUAUAGAAUUUCAUUACGUGGGGCUGCCAGCCCCAGACAGUGAAGAGCCCUUAAGGUAUAACUGAGCCCUGCUGUACAUGUAUAUUAUUCGCAAUCACUGAUGUAGAAAAUGACGGGUAUCCGACUGUAGAGUGAACAUAAUUUCUUUCAGAGUUUGGCCCAGAAGAGCGCCGGGAACAAUUUUCACAGAUGCAUGCGUGGGAUGCCAAGCUCUGCACCAUGAAUUUGUUGUGGACCACGAGGUGGGCAAGAGUCUUUACUAUUGCCCACCUCACACCGUGAUCGUGUUUGCACGAGCAGUGAACAAGACGUGAACACUCCACCAAUUUUAAAUUUAUUAUUACAAAGGGUGCCUGUGCUCACAUGUUUUCCUUUGGAUCACCGGGUGCCAGGAGGCUACGACAGUGAUCUUUGCCAAACCAGCAAGAGACGUGUAAGAACUAUGGGGCUAG